GCUCUAAACCACCACAGAUCUGCUCCAGAUCACCCCAGAGGAGCUCCACACCACCAUGGAUCUGCUCUAAACCACCACAGAUCUGCUCCAGAUCACCCCAGAGGUGCUCCACACCACCACGGAUCUGCUCUAAACCACCACGGAUCUGCUCCAGAUCACUUCAGAGGUGCUCCACACCAACCUGGAUCUGCUCCAGAUCACCCCAGAGGAGCUCCACACCACCACGGAUCUACUCUAAACCACCACAGAUCUUCUCCAGAUCACCCCAGAGAUGUUCCACACCACCACGGAUCUGCUCUAAACCACCACAGAUCUUCUCCAGAUCACCCCAGAGGUGCUCCACACCACCACGGAUCUGCUCUAAACCACCACGGAUCUGCUCCAGAUCACUUCAGAGGUGCUCCACACCAACCUGGAUCUGCUCCAGAUCACCCCAGAGGAGCUCCACACCACCACGGAUCUACUCUAAACCACCACAGAUCUUCUCCAGAUCACCCCAAAUGUGCUCCACACCACCACGGAUCUUCUCCAGAUCACUCCAGAGUGCUCCACACCCCCACGGAUCUGCUCUAAACCACCACGGAACUACUCCAGAUCACCCCAGAGGAGCUCCACACCACCACAGAUCUGCUCUAAACCACCACAGAUCUUCUCCAGAUCACCCCAGAGGAGCUCCACACGACCACAGAUCUGCUCUAAACCACCACAGAUCUUCUCCAGAUCACCCCAGAGGUGCUCCACACCACCACGGAUCUGCUCUAAACCACCACGGAUCUGCUCCAGAUCACCCCAGAGGUGCUCCACACCACCACGGAUCUGCUCUAAACCACCACGGAUCUGCUCCAGAUAACUUCAGAGGUGCUCCACACCAACCUGGAUCUGCUCCAGAUCACCCCAGAGGAGCUCCACACCACCACGGAUCUACUCUAAACCACCACAGAUCUUCUCCAGAUCACCCCAAAUGUGCUCCACACCACCACGGAUCUGCUCUAAACCACCACAGAUCUGCUCCAGAUCACCCCAGAAGUGCUCUAAACCACCACAGAUCUUCUCCAGAUCACCCCAGAGGUGCUCCACACCACCACGGAUCUGCUCCAGAUCACUCCGUAUCUGCUCUACGUCCUGUCCUGGCUGGGAAUUCCAGGCCCUCAUGGCAAAAUUGGUGCCAAAAAGAGGGAAUUUUGGCAUUGAAAACCCAAGGAGCUCAGUGUUGUCCACAGCUCAACGUUGAGUUCUCCAAAGGAGAAGACACGGAUCAUUUGAGGGCUGGAGAUCUCAAGAGGAGAGAGAGAGACUGGUGGAACCAUGGGUUGGGUUGGAAGGGACCUCAAAGCCCAUCCAGUUCCACCCCAUGCCAUGGGCAGGGACACCUCCCACUGGAUCAGGGGCUCCAAACCCAUCCAACGUGGCCUUCAACAUCUCCAGGGAUGGGAUCUGGGGGUUCUGGGUGAUGGUAAGUGAGAAUCAUGGAACCAUGGAAUGGGUUGGGUUGAAAGGAACCUCAAAGCCCAUCCAGUUCCACCCCAUGCCAUGGGCAGGGACACCUCCCACUGGAUCAGGGGCUCCAAAGCCCCAUCCAACGUGGCCUUCAACCCCUCCAGGGAUGGAGCAGCCACCACUGCUCCGAGCAACCCAUCUCAGGGCCUUCCCACCCUCAUGGUGAAGAAGUUCUUCCUAACGUCUCAUCUCAAGCUUCCAAUUUAAAGCCGUUUCCCAUCAUUCUGU